UACUAUAACCAUACUAUCACCUUUCCAGAGGAACUACAGUAUAUAUGGAAACGACCCCUCACCAUAGCGUCAGCGUGGUUCUUCGUGAACCGUUACAUAUCGUUCUUGGGAACCACCUUGGUGCUGGGUCUCCAAUUUGGUGGCUUUGAAAAUGAGGUGAGGGUACUUUUGUGA